CCACCUCGCCCCACGCUGCAAGUGGGGGGUGAGGCAGGACGUCUGGGCUCUCAACUCUGAUCGGUGCCAGCCCGUGUCUCGGUUUCCCCAGCAGUGCUGGCUAGCUGCGCCCCGUGGUGCUCACGGGGUCGCGGCCCCUUUAAGACCCCGGGGGGGGCGGGGCCUGAGGGUUUUGGCGGGAGCUGCGCUGCUGGUAACGGUGGGGUCCGCGGGGCGCCCCUAGGCCGGGCAAAAUGAACUGCGAGCUUCUGGCCACAUGCAGCGCCCUUGGGUGCCUGGAGGGCGACACCUACCACAAGGAACCCGACUGCCUUGAGAGCGUGAAGGACCUGAUCCGGUUUCUGCGCCAUGAGGACGAGACGCGUGACGUGCGGCAGCAGCUGGGGGCCGCCCAGAUCCUGCAGAACGACCUGCUGCCCCUGCUCGUGCAGCAUGCCAGUGAUGCCCAGCUCUUCGACGCCGUCAUCAGGCUGCUGGUGAACCUGACCCAGCCAGCCCUGCUGUGCUUCGGGAAGGUGCCCAAGGACCCUGGCGAGCGGCACCACUUCCUCCAGGUCACGUCGCACCUGCAGGCCUACAAGGAGGCAUUUGCUAAUGAGAAGGUUUUUGGGGUCCUCAGCGAGAAGCUCUAUGACCUGCUGCAGCUGGACUGGGAGCAGCGGCAGGAGGAGGACGCGCUGCUCAUCGAGCGCAUCCUGCUGCUGGUGCGCAACGUGCUGCAUGUCCCAGCCGAGCCCACGGAGGAGAAGAGCGUGGAUGAUGAUGCCAGUGCCCAUGACCGGGUGCUCUGGGCAGUGCACCUCAGCGGCAUGGAUGACCUGCUCCAGUUCCUGGCCUGUGCCACCAGUGAGGCCCAGUGGGCCUUGCACGUCCUUGAGGUCAUCGCCCUCAUGCUGCGCGACCAGACACCGGAGCAGCUGGCAGCCACGGGCCAGCCCCGCAUAGCGGCACAGCAGGAUGAGGACGCCCGGGAGCUGGAGGCCCUGAGGCAGCGGGAGAUGGCAGAGCGCAGGAGCCGCCUGCGGCAGCGUGGCACUAGGCACUCGCGCUUCGGCGGCUCCUACAUCAUCCAGGGCCUGAAGUCGAUCGGAGACAGAGACGUCGUGUUUCACAAGGGGCUGCACAACGUGCGUCACUACAGCUCAGACCUGGGCAAGCCAGGGGCCCGGGUGCCACGGCACCGGCAGCCCCCUCCCGAUCCGACCCCGCGGCGCCGUUCAGCCCGGAACGUGCGGCUCUUCCUGCGCGGCUUCUGCGAGGAUUUUCUGCGCUCUGGCUUCAACCGCCUCAUGGCCCUUGUCAAGGAGCAGCUGGGGCGGGCACGGGCGGAGGAUCACGAUGAGACCUUCUACCUCUGGGCCCUGAGCUUCUUCCUGGGCUUCUCGCGGGCACACGGAUUCCGGGCUGAGUUGGUGUCAGAGGCGCUCAGCGUUAGUGCCUUCCACACCGUGGAGCAGCAGCUGCGCCUCUGCUAUGAGAUGAUGCUGAUAGACAAGCCCCAGAUCCCUGCCUGGGCCCGCAGGAUGCACCUGGCGCUCAAGGCCUACCAGGAGCUGCUGCUGAGCCUGCAGGAGAUGGACCAGGCACCCGACCCAGCCGUGCGCCGCGGCAGCCACGUCCUCAAGAACAACAUCUUCUACGUGCUGGAGUUCCGCGAGCUCUUCCUCACGCUCUUCCGCAAGUUCAACGCAGCGCAGCAGCCCCGUGCCUUCCUGCGGGACCUGGCUGGGGCCACGCACCUCUUCCUGCGCCUGCUCGAGCGCUUCUGCCGCCAGCGCCGCAGCCUUGUCGUCCAGAACAAGAAGCAGCGCCGGAGGAAGAAGCCCCGGGCACGCCCGACCCCGGCCUCCCCCAGCCCCACCGAGCUGGAUGCUCUGUGGCCCAGGCUCGAGGCCCAGCUCCAGGUCUGCGCCCAGGAGCUGCCAGAGGAGGUGCCAGUGCCCUUUGAUGCUGCAGCUGAGACGCCAGUGGAGGAGCAGCGGGCGCAGGCCCUGGCGCGGAUCCAAACUGGGCUGGUGGCCGGUGAUGCUCCCCAUGCCCUGGCCCUCCUCCGCGCCUCCAGGGAGGUGUGGCCCGAAGGUGAUGUGUUUGGGGUCCCUGACGCCAGCCUGGAUGACGAGAUCCAGCUGCUGCAGCAGAUCCUCUCUGCUCCGCUGCCACGGCCAGCGGAGGCCGAAGUGGAGGAGCCGGAGGGAGGUGAGGACGAGGAGGAGGAUGAAGAUGAGGAGCUGGAGGCUGUCCGCGUGUCGGAGAAGGAGUUCAGCUUUCAGGACUACUUAAAGCGGUUCGCGUGCGUGCCGGUGCUGCGCGCCUACGGGCUGCUGCUGCGGGACUACGAGUGCAACGGGCCGCGCACCAACCACUACGUGGCGCGGAUGCUGCAGCGCCUGGCGCGAGGCCUGGGCAUGCCCGGCCUGCUUUGCCAGCUCUCGCUCUUCAGCACCUUCCGCCGUCUGCUGCACGACCCAGCUGCCCCCCAGGAGCUAGUGACCCUGGCCAAGUACGUGGUGGGGAAGUUCUUUGCGCUGGUGGCUGCCAACCAGAAGGCCUUCGUGGAGCUGCUGUUCUGGAAGGGCGUGGGCGCCGUGCGGGAGAUGACUGAGGGCUACGGCACCCAUGAACCCCAGGGUGCCCGACGCGGCCCCAUCUGGUCAGAGGAGGAGGAGGAGCAGCUGCGCCAGCUGUACCUGGAGGUCAAGAAGAGGAAAGACGACGAUGUCAUCGGCCACAUUCUGUCCCAUCUGCCCGGCCCUGCCCGCACCCGCAAGCAGGUGGUGAAGCACCUGGUGCAGCUAGGGCUGGCCCACAGUGCCCACGACUUUCCCCCACCCAGGAAGGGGACAAACAUAGUGCUGUGGACAGAGGAGCAAGAGCUGGAGCUACAGCGGCUCUUUGAGGAGUUUCAGGGCACGGAUGAUAUUCUGGGCAACAUCCUGCGGCACCUCACAGCCAGGCGGUCCCGGGCCCGCGUCAUGGACAAGCUGCUGAGCCUGGGGCUGGUGUCGGAGCGCAAAGAGCUCUACAAGAAACGCCGGAGGAAGCCAGGCCCAGGCCUGGACGAGCGCCCCCAGGAUGUAACUGUGGCUGGACGCCAGGAGGACGAGGAUGAGGAGGGCAACAUGGGCGAAGAGGAGGAGGAGGAGGAGGAAGGCCGCAUGGAGGCAGAGGUCGGGGAGCUGGUGCCCACAGGGGAAGCCCCGGAGCUGGCGCAGAGCCUGCAGCAGGAUGGCUUGACCGGGCCCCUACUGUGGCUCAUGACCUGCCUGCGCCGAGCUGCCACCGACCGCCAGCAGGCCCGCCUGGCUCAGCCAGUGCCGCUGGUGCCGCUUUCGGAGGAGAAUGAAGACGCCAUGGAGGAGCCACGGUUCCAACGUCUGCUGCGUGCUCUGGGCCUGAGGCCCCCAGCCAGUGAGCAGGAGUCUUUCUGGCGCAUCCCAGCGGCACUGAGUCCCCUGCAGCUGCGCCAGGCGGCCGCCUCCAUUGCCCAGGGGGACACCAGGGGGCUGGAGCCCGCAGAGGAGGAGGAGGAGGAGGCUGUGGGGGACAUGGAGCAGCGAGCCCAAGCCAUGUGCACCCUGCAGCUGGCCCAGAGCAAGCAGCUGGCACCAGGGGCCACGUCGUCCAGCCCGGAGCAGUCACCUGGGUCCGAUUCUGAGUGGGAAGACCCUGGCCCCUCUCAGCCCCAACCCAAGCGCAGGCGCUGGCUGGACAGUGAGGAGGAGGACGACCUAGGCAGCCCAGCUGCAGAGCCGGCCUGGGGGGACCCCAGGGAGCAGGAGCCGGCAUCCGGCAGGAGGAAGCACCUGCACAUCGAGGAUGAGGAUGAAGACUGAGGGCUCUGCCCCCACCCUUUACUGUCAGUUUUUUAUUCUGUUUUUAUUCCAGAGACUAUUUGAUAAGUCCUGUUUUUUCUCCAUGUUCAUAGUUAAAUAAACCCAUGUUGGAGCA